AGCGGAAAAUAGAAAAGUUCAGAACCAAAUGGGCAAUGAUAACAGAAAGCCAGAAAUACACAAGUAUGCCACUUCUCUCAAUAGAUUACACGACUAGCUUUUCUAUAAAGCAAAACUUGGCGGAAAAGGAAAGUAGCUUAUAUCUGUCUCCUCACAAGGACCUAACACACACACACACCAAACGAUGGAUACACAACUCACUGCUCACCACAUGACUGUUCUCUUCUUCUUCUUCUUUCUCUUCAUAUCAAUAUCAUCUUCCAAGCUCUCUUUGGCAGCUCCAAGCAGUACUGCACACAAUCCACAUUCGCCACCCGAGUUGAACCCAUUUUCUCCUAAAGCAUCUUUGAUCCGUUAUUGGAACAAACACAUCUUUAACACCUUGCCUAAAUCACCAUUUCUCCUCUCCAAAGCUUCUCCACUUACUGCGAUAGACUCAGCGUUCCUCUCCAGACUCGCUACCCAAAACUCACUCUCUUCGCAUUUUGAAUCUUUCUGUUCCUUAGCCAAUUUAUUCUGCUCCUUUGACUCAAAACCAAUGAAUUUAGGCGAUAAAAAUGACAAUAAAGAUGCAAACUUUGCACUAUACUCCAACAAACAGUUCGCAAACUAUGGGAGGUCUCAACUCGGAGGGGUUGACUCGUUCAAGAAUUACUCAAAUGGCUUGAACUCUGUUUCUGACUCGUUUGUAAAGUACAGCCGCGACGCAACAGGCCAUAGUGAAGCAUUCACAAAUUAUGCUACUGAUGGAAAUGUUGCCAAUGCAACCUUUGGCAACUACGGCGCUGGUGCAACUGGAGGCUCUGGCGUCUUCAAAAACUAUGACGACCGAGUCAAUGUACCAGGUCUGCGUUUCACCACAUAUGCUUCUGAUGGCAAUAACCAUAAGCUAUCAUUUUCAAGCUAUAGUGGGGAUACAAAUUCCGGGUCUGAAUCGUUCACUAGUUAUGGAAAGAAAGGAAAUGGGGUUCCAGCGGAAUUUGCAACCUAUAGUGGAGAUUCAAACAUAAUUGAAUCUACAUUUACUGGUUAUGGGGAAUUAGGUAAUGUAGCAAAUGAUAGUUUUGCAGGGUAUGGUCUCUCGGGUAACAACCCACAUAAUAAUUUCAAGAGUUAUGGCACUGGUGGAAAUUCUGCUAUUGAUAGUUUCUCUAGCUACAGGAAUGGAGCUAAUGUUGGUCAAGAUUCAUUUCAAUCUUAUGCCAGGAAUACAAAUGCAGGCAAAGUUAGCUUCACUAAUUAUGGGAAAACAUUUAACCCCGGUAAUGAUACAUUUAAAGAAUAUGGUAAGGGAUCAAAGGGUAACACUGCUGUUGGUUUCAAAAUUUAUGGUCCGGAUCGAUCUUUCAAGGAAUAUAUUCAAAAAGGUGUAACUUUUGCUGCUUACGCUAACACUACCAGUACUAGUGGCAGUUUUGUAAAUAGGAGAUGGGUUGAGCCUGGUAAGUUUUUCAGGGAGUCCAUGUUGAAGCAAGGGAAUGUUGUGGUCAUGCCCGACAUUACAGACAAAAUGCCAAAAAGAUCGUUUCUGCCCCGAUCCAUCGUUUCAAAACUACCAUUCUCGUCCCCUCGUCUGUCUGAGCUUAAGGAAGUUUUUCAUGCACUUGAGAAUUCAACCAUGGAGUGUGUGCUUGUCAACGCGCUGGCCGAAUGCGAGAGAGAACCCAGCCAAGGUGAGACCAAGCGGUGUGUGGGCUCGGUGGAGGACAUGAUAGAGUUUGCCGUAUCAGUCUUGGGCCAUAAUGUGGUUGUCAGGACCACCGAAAAUGUUCAUGGGUCAAGUAAAAAUGUGAUGAUUGGGAGAGUCAAAGGAAUCAACGGUGGAGAAGUGACUAAAUCUGUCUCUUGUCACCAAAGCUUGUAUCCGUACUUGCUUUAUUAUUGCCAUUCAGUUCCCAGGGUUAGAGUUUAUGAAGCUGAAAUUCUUGACGUUGAGAGCAAAGAGAGGAUCAAUCUUGGGGUUGCAAUCUGUCAUAUUGACACAUCAGCUUGGAGCCCAAAUCAUGGUGCGUUCGUGGCAUUAGAGUCCAGCCCUGGGCAAAUUGAGGUUUGCCACUGGAUAUUUGAGAAUGACAUGAGUUGGACCGUCGCUGAUUAGGGCUAGUGGCUGCUGCUUAAUUUGAAAUAUUUGAUUGAAUAUCGUUGUUUAAUGAAUUCUUGUGCCUGGUGAUAUGUAAUCUUUUUUGGUUUCAAAUAAUUAUGAGAGUAACCAAGAGAGACAUUUUGCGAGUUUGUGACAAA